AAAAGGUGGUUUCAGACCGCCUUGAAGUUUGUCAGUUCCAGGUAUUUUGGUAAUGUGAAAGCAAAUUAUGCGUAAUCUCCCCUUUUGGAGUGAAAAUAUCUUAAAAGAUACACAGUACACUCCAGGAGGCAGUGCACUCUACAAGGAUAAACACUUCACUCCAAAGGGAUUAGUCUACACUUUAACUAUGAGAUGGGUAUGGCUUUCUGCAGCCAAUCAGGUGUUCUUGUCCUAUGGUGCAGGAUGGGGUGGCAUUCUUACUCUGGCAAGUUAUAACAAGUUCAAUAGAAACUGUCUCAGGGAUGCUCUGAUUAUUGUAUGCUCUGGGUCUAUCACCAGCAUCCUAGCAGGCUUUGUGAUCUUCUCAGUACUGGGGUACAUGGCUCAUGAAACAGGAGCAAACAUUGAAGAUGUAGUAUCAUCAGGACCUGGACUUGCCUUUGUAGCCUACCCUGAAGCCUUGUCUAGACUACCCCUUCCUCAGCUCUGGGCUUUUCUUUUCUUCUUCAUGCUCAUUACUUUAGGACUAGACAGUGAGUUUGUGACAUUGGAGACGUGUAUCACUGCAGUUGUAGAUGAGUUCAAGGAAGACUACCCCAUCCUUCACAGACGAAGGUUCUUUGUUGUUCUUGGGACGUGUAUCGGCAUGAUGCUGAUAGGGCUCCCUCUAACAAUGCAGGGUGGAGUGUAUGUGUUUGAGCUUUUCAACUGGUAUUCUGCAGGCUUUACACCAAUGCUUAUUGUACUAUUUGAGGUCCUUGCGAUGUUCAUUUAUGGUGGUAAGAGAUUCAUGAAAGAUAUGUCUAACAUGUUUGGUACUGUACCCAUCCCUUACUGGUGGUUCUUCAAUUGGUUUGCUGUAACUCCUAUUACCAUUGUGGUAAUCAUGAUCUUUGGUUUUAUAGAUCAGGUACCAGCAUACUAUGAUGAUUAUAUCUUCCCUGGAUGGGCCCAAGGCAUUGGAUGGGCUCUCACCAUGUCCUCCAUUAUUAUGAUAUUUGUAUAUGCUCUCUAUAGUGUCAUCAGGCAAAAGGGCUCAUUAAGACAGCGACUCAAAGCUGUGAUGAAUCCUUCUGAUAAAUGGGGACCUGCUUUAGCGAAGAACCGGGAGCUGAGUGGAUACAAACCGAUGGCAACGUCAGGAACCACAGAUAUUGAGUUAGAUAAGUUUACCCACGUAGCAUAGAGGUGAGGAGGCUCUCGACUCUCUGUGUUGUGUCUUCCAGUAAAGUGACAAUGUUAUCAAUUUUUGAAGCAAUAACUGUUCUGUAAUGGUUGCAGUAAAAAAUGUACUUCUAGGAGUGUGUUUGUGGUAAUACUUUCCUUCAUUAAACAUGAUUUUGAAACCAGGUUGGUAGGAUUCUUGUAAACUAUCCACUGAGUAAAAACCUGUUUCAAACCCACAAAAUGUUGCAGUACGAUAAUGUGUAUCUCUAGAAACAUGGCUUCCAAAAUGUCUCAGUCAAAACAUUAUAACUAUAUUCAACAAGAAAAAUUGUCAAAAAAAAAAAGAUGCAGUAGCGCCACAUGAGAGAGAAAGAAACAUGCAUGGAAUAAAGUCAUGUCAAUUUACUUCUCUGUAACAACAACUUUCAAAAUCCUGUUUCUCAAGAAAUUGUUACCAUGGACAUGCUCUAAAUUUCCUGAUGAAAUUGAUAGCUGUAUAUAUUUUGUUUAUAUACAUAUACAUAUAAUGGGUUUGUUGCUAUUAAAGUUGUACUAUUUUUAAUCUUGGUGCUGAUUAUGUUCUUGAUAAAAGGACUCUUGCAACUCAAAAGAAGAUUGCUUGAAGGGAUUGUUUGAUGAUAUGACAAUGGUGAUUUGAUAUUUUUCUGAUUCAUGUACUAAACAGAGUAAUUUGUACUGUUUAUCUCGUUGCAUUAUUGCAUUGUCAUGAAUGAGAUACAUGCUGCUUUUAUACAAGACCAGUUAUUUUCUAUAUCAAUGAAUUUGCAAAUAAAUAGUUAAAACAGUACAAAAUGUCAUUACAUUCUAUUGCAUUUGCAUGCUAUUCAGAUGAAUUUUAUAUACAUGUAUGAUAUUGCACUGCCAUGAAUUUACAAUUCCCUCUUUGCCAUCCAAUAAUUUGUAAAACAUUUGAGUUUUACAAGUUCAAUGGUUUAAAUUUGUAUAUUAUAUAAGAAAAAACUACUUAUGAAUUAUUUUAUAUGAUUAUGAAUAUAUGAUUAUGAAAUAAGAUGUAGCAAAAUUUUGAAUGUAUUCUGUUUCAAAUUGGAUGUUUGCCAAAUAGAGGCCCAAGAAUGUUAUAUUAUUAUGAAAUAUUAUAAUUAUAAGAAUUCCAGGAAGCCUCAAUGAACAAGAAUUAUUUUUUAUAUUUUGGAGAGUUGAAUAAAGAGGCAAUUUGGUUGUUUGGAAAAUUAAAAUUUUCCUGGUUGUUUGAUAUAUGUUGGACGCCUCAGAAAAUGAACAUUCUAUUUAGACUUUCUUGCAACUGUGAAGUCUUAGUCUAAUAAAUACGACAGCUUGAUUUAUAAGAUGCUUUUAGUAGAGGAUACAAAGUGCAAUUAUUGAAUUGAAUGAAAUAAUAUGUAUCAUUUCCAUGUUAAUAAAACAAUAUUUUCAUUUGGUUACAUAAUCAGUAAUUUGCUUACACGAAUUUGUCUUACUUGAAAUCAUUAUGUACAUUGCAGUUGUGCAUAUACAUGUACAGCGUGUCCCUCAAUAAAAUGCUAAAGGCACUCUUGAUGGGUAUAAUAUUAAAAUUGGAACAUUAUGUUCUUUAUAUCUUUACACCCAUAAACUACAAUUCAUUUUCAACAACUUGAUUAAUUUGUUUGUGUUUAUGUAAUAUGGUCCAGUAACCACAAAGAUGUGAGCAUUUUUUUUAAUUACACAUCAGGAAACCUCUUCAUCCAUGUUUUGUAUUAAGUACAUGUAGUUUGUAUAGUAGGGUUCAGAUAUAAAACAAGAUUUAUGUAUUCAAGUAAGCGGUUCAAUAACUAUUCAUGUUCAGCCACGAGCGUAUAAUCUGCAAGGAUAUUAUUUUGUUCAGGACUUGGGGAUGACCUAUUCUAAAAUCUACAUCUAAAAAUCUCAAUCUAAAAAGAGAACACUAAAUACGAGUGAAUGAAGACGUAAUUGGACUACAUACUUUAUUCAACAUAAUAAUAAAACUAGGAUUGAGAGGGAUUCUGACGAGUGCUGAAAGAACAUGUAUUAUAUCUCUGUAUUCAGUGGACCAUAUCACUAAAAAUUUAAGACAGUAUAAAAUAAAUGCUAGUUUACGAUUUCAAAAUUGUAUACAAUAUGAUUUGGUAAUUUUCACAUCAUUUCAAGUACCUUUAGCAUUUUUUGAGGAACAUGCUGUACAUGCAUAAUACAACAUUUACACAUUACAUCUUUCAAUUCAGCUGUAUAACGAAUCAUGCAAUAUACUUUAAAACCCACAAGAAUGGGUCAAAAGUCUUUCUUUUGUAUUUCUUUCAUAGCAAUAAUCAUGAUUAAAUGAUAUUUUGCAAUUUAUGAAGUUGAGUUCUAUCACUACAGGGAAGUACCUGUAAAUGUAGCACACUGAGUAAGCAUUACAAGACAAAUAUAUUAAAUAAGUAUGGAAAACGUAUUGUGACAUGUAUAUAUCAGAUAAGACUGUUGCUAUGUGCUAUAUUUUUGCGAUGAUAAUUUAGAGAUAAGUUUUUACAUUACAGUUUGACCCUUUAUCUCCCAGUGGCACAAG